AUGAGAUUAGAAGGUAAACCACCAGCACAGAAGCUACUGAUCACGCUUGUUAUUCUUGUGAAGAUACGUCAAAAAUUCAGACCUGACCUCACCGUUCAACACAGCUUUCUGGUCAGCCUGUGUGGUGUUUUUUUCACAUUUUUAAGAAAAUCGACUCUGUUGCCCUCCAAUGUGGAAAAUCAAAGCCCUAACAAGCAGUUGUGUAUUCGUGACGUCACAUGGUAUAGUGAUAAAGUGCUCUUAACAAUAAGACAUAGCAAAACUAUCCAGUUUGGAUUCUGGAUUCUGCAAGUUCCCUUGUGUAACAUGGCCUGCUCACUCUUGUGUCCAGUAUCAGCUUUACAAUCUCUUCGCCAGGUCCAGAGCAUGAUACCGGUGACAUGCCAUGUGUUCUCAUUCUGGCCAAAGGUCGGGUUAACAGUGUCGGCAUGUGGGUUAUCACCUCAAGAUUACAGUGGACAUUCCUUUCGGACGGGAGGCUGUACUUUUGCUUUGAAUAUCGGCAUGCCACAAGUGCUGAUAAAACUACUUGGUGACUGGAAGUCAAACGCAUUUGAGCGUUAUAUCACAAUUGAAAAGGACUUGCACUGUAAAUUCGCACGAGCUUUAGGUGUAGCAGCUCUCUUAAAGUAAAAAAAAAGAA